GACGACGCCAGACGCUCGCCGACGAUGGACGAGGCGGCCAGCCGGCUGGAGCGAGAGCACGUGCACGGCGUCUACGACAAGAUCGCGCCCUACUUCAACGACAGCCGCUACAAGGCCUGGCCCAAGGUGCGCCAGUUCCUGCUGGACCAGCCGCCCGGGAGCAUCGUCGCUGACGUCGGCUGCGGCAAUGGCAAAUAUCUCGACAUUAACGAGGAAGCGUUCAAGCUGGGCUGUGACGUCUGUCGCCCCCUGGUGGACGUUGCCGGCAGCCGAGGGCAUGAGGUGCAGAUGUGCGACGGGCUGCGCCUGCCUUACAGGGACGGCUGCUUCGACGCCGUGCUCUCCAUCGCAGGUGAGGCCCGGUCAUCACAGUAACACCCGCG